UCAAACCUGUGAAAAUGGAAGACUCUGUCGAGAAUACUGAUGAGAAUGGAGAUGAAACAACAGCGACAGAACAAGUCGAAAGGUGUCUGAAAGACCGAAAGGUCUCAUGGACAAAGCUUCGCCAUGUAGACUCACUGAACAUGGAAGCUGGAAAAGUUUCUAACGGGCAAGGUCAUGGAUCUAAGUUGGACUGGAAAACAACACUGAGUUUGGCGUUCCAGAGUGUUGGUGUGAUUUAUGGAGACAUAGGAACAUCUCCGCUUUACGUUUACUCCAGCACCUUCACGAAUGGGAUCAAGAACAAAGACGACUUACUGGGUGUUUUGUCUCUCAUCAUUUAUACAAUAAUAAUUGUACCGAUGGUCAAAUAUGUCUUUAUUGUUUUGUGGGCUAACGAUCAUGGCAAUGGAGGAACUUUUGCACUUUAUUCCUUGAUAUGCCGCUACGCAAAGGUAGGGUUGAUACCUAACCAGGAGCCCGAGGACAUGGAGCUAUCCCAGUAUAAACUGGACACACCAUCAAGCCAGCUGAGGAGAGCUCAAAAGAUAAAAGACACGCUUGAGAACAGUAAAGUAUUUCCAAUUAUUCUCUUCAGUGUCACAAUCUUAGGGGUUUCCAUGGUUAUUGGAGACGGAAUUCUGACUCCAUCCAUCUCAGUGCUAUCUGCUGUUGGUGGCAUUACCCAGUUGGCGCCAUCUCUUAAUCAAGAUGCCGUCGUCGGAAUUUCCGUAGUAAUCUUGAUCCUUCUCUUCUCCGCUCAACGGUUCGGCACAGACAAAGUUGGCAGCACAUUUGCUCCGAUCAUCCUUAUAUGGUUUAUUUUCAUUGGUGGCAUUGGUCUCUGCAACUUAUUUAAACAUGAUGUGACCGUUUUACGUGCUUUUAACCCAAUGUACAUAAUUCAUUACUUCCAACGAAAUGGCAAGACAGCAUGGGUAUCUCUUGGCGGGGUUGUGCUGUGCAUUACAGGGACUGAAGCUAUGUUUGCUGAUCUCAGUCAUUUCUCCGUGCGAGCUAUUCAAAUUAGUUUCUCCAGCGUUGUUUUUCCUGCACUACUAUGCUGUUACACUGGACAAACUGCUUACCUCUCCAAAUUCCCGGGUGAUGUUUCUGAUACUUUUUACAAGUCAAUUCCAAAACCAAUAUAUUGGCCAACCUUCGUCAUUGCUGUUGCUGCUGCAAUUAUUGCCAGCCAAGCUAUGGUAUCGGCAGCAUUUGCAAUCAUAACACAAGCUCUAAGUCUAGGGGCCUUUCCGAGGGUUCAAGUGGUUCACACUUCUGCAAAGUAUGAAGGACAGGUUUACAUUCCUGAGCUCAACUACAUGAUUAUGAUUGCCACUGUUUUAGUCACACUGGUAUUCCGGACUACCGAACAGAUUGGUAAUGCAUAUGGAAUUGCGGUGGUCUCGGUGAUGGUACUCACAACUCAUUUGGUUACGCUCAUAAUGUUAUUGAUUUGGAAAACAAGCAUCUGGUUGGUAGCAUUAUUCUACAUAGUGUUAGCUACCACUGAAAUCACAUAUUUAUCAUCAGUCCUCUAUAAAUUCACGCAAGGAGGUUACCUUCCAGUGGCAUUUUCGCUACUACUGAUGGCAAUGAUGGGUAUAUGGCACUAUGUUCACACGAAAAGAUAUAUGUUUGAGCUUAAAAACAAAGUUUCCGGCGAUUUUGUUAGAGAUAUCGUCAAGAACCCACAUGUAAACAGGAUUCCUGGGAUAGGUUUUCUGUACUCUGAGCUCGUACAAGGCAUUCCACCGAUAUUCCCGCACUUUGUUGCCAAUAUACCAUCUAUACAUUCUGUCUUGGUGUUCGUUUCGAUAAAGCGGAUGCCAGUCAGUAAAGUGGCAGCCGAGGAACGGUUUCUCUUCAGACAGGUUGAACAAAAAGAAUACUGUAUGUUCCGUUGUGUGGCACGUUACGGAUAUAAUGAUGUUGUUGGCAAAUCACAAGAUUUUGAGCAAGAUUUGGUCCAAAAUUUGAAAGAGUUCAUCCGGUAUGAGUCUUACGUUGUAGAAUCCGGCUCUACUGAUGAAACAAACACUAACCAGCAGGUAGCUAGAGAAGUAGCUAGCACAAAUGCAGUUUCUGGAACUCGGUCAUCAACUUCAUCCAGUGUAGAAACUGAGAAGGAGAUAGAGUUUGUCCAGAAAGCAAUGGAGAAGGGUGUGGUGUACCUACUGGGAGAAACGGAAGUGGUGGCACAGGAGAAUUCCUCUAUACUUAAGCAGGCAGUAGUUAACUAUCUCUACAAUUUCAUAAGAAAGAAUGUAAGGGAAAAUGACAAGAUAUUGUCUAUUCCACACGGCAAGCUUCUUCGGGUUGGUAUGACAUAUGAGAUAUAACUAGUUUAUGAAUCAAAAUUGUCUCGUAGCAUAGGGUCAUCUAAAACAACUACGGCUCAAGGAUGGUUGUAUGUGUUCUUCAUGUGUGUAAGUUACACCAUGGGUGCAGUUGUGGUUCAAAGAUUGAGAGAUUUCUUCCGAAGUUGUAAAAUUUGUUAACUAAUAUUUAAAAAACACGGAAAUUGUAAAUCCAGCAACAUCAGUAGUAGGUCUUGUUCUCUGUUAACAUCUAAAACAAUACCCACAUGAUAAACUACACGGGUGCUAAUCAAAAU